UGUGUACUAAGAGUGUGUUUGUUUAAUGAUAUCAUGUUGUUCUUUAUUAUAAUUUCGUUGUGCGCCUGCGCAAUAGCUGCUGUGCCCAUUCAAUACAGCACUCUAUAUCAUGCUCCGGUCGCUCUUCACACCUCCAUUGCUGUGCCUGUGGCCGUAGAACCUGUUUCAUAUCCUCGAUACGCUUUUAACUAUGGUGUUAAAGAUCCUCACACUGGAGACAUCAAAUCACAGCAAGAGGAAAGAGAUGGAGACGUUGUUAGAGGGAGCUAUUCACUAGUAGAACCCGACGGUUCCACCCGGACUGUGUCGUAUUCAGCCGACGAUCACAAUGGUUUCAACGCGGUGGUGCACAAAACUGGACACUCCGUUCAUCCGGUUCCUGUGGCGCCAGUGACACACUACGCUGUCGCGCCAGCUAUUGCUGUGUCAUCCUACGCAAUACAUUAGACUAUUCCAAAUUCAGAUUAAAUAUAAAAUUA